AUGCGGCAGGCACGCAUUAAGAAGAUGGCUGCGUGGCGGAGCAAGGCGUCGUCGCGGCUGAGCUCGCGGAACUCGGAGGUGGCGUCGCAGUCCGGGGGCCACGCGGCGGAGCAGCAGUCCGCUAGCCACCGGUCGUCGUCGCAGGCCGGCGGGCACGUGCAGGGCGGGGAGCGGCUGCACGUGGACACGGCCGCGACGGCGGGCGACGAUGCGAGCACGCCUCUGUGGGACCGCUCCGGGACGCCUGGGGAGAGCCGGGGCACGGCGCGCGAGACAGACCUCCCCCUGACCACGCCAUCGGAGACCACGGGCCUGACGCGCGGGCGACACACCCCCGGGACGCCGUCGGACGCCAACUUCGGCGGCGCGACGUCCGGCCUCAGCCCCGACAACGCGGACUCGGGCCGCCACGACGGCGCGUCGCAGCUGUCCCCGACAGGCGGCAGCACCUCCCUGCACAAGUGGGGGAGCCAGCACGGCCGCGGGAGCAGCAAGGCCAGCGCCGAGGACCCCGUCUCGCCACCAGGCGUCUUCACGCAAGCCUCGCUCGCCGCCUGGGGCGACCAGGGCCUCGGCGUGCGCGCCGCCGCCGCGCACGCCCCUGAGCCCACACCUCAGGAGGAGCUCCGCUCGCUGCCCGAACCCUCGAAGGCCGAGUCCCCCGCCGCGGCCGCGCCGGCCGUCCGCGCAAGCCUGGGCACCCGCAUCGACGCGUGGAUCGACGCGGCGCUGUUCGUCGCAGCCCCGCGCAGCGCAGCAGCCUCCAGGCCGCUGUGCGCGCCCGAGGCGGCCGCGCGGCUGCUCCUCCACGCGGUCGCGACGGCGCACGCGCCCGCGGCGGCGGCGGCGCAGGUCGUCGCGGCGCUCCGGGCGCGCGCGGGCCUCGCGGGCGCAGAUCUCCCUGCGCUGGUGUGGGUGUACGUGGUCGCGGUGCGCGUGCGGCAGGGGCUGCCGUUCGCGGCCUCGGGCGCCGGGAACGGCGCGGCCGCGCUGAAGGUCGAGCGCGAGUGCUUCUCGGCCCUCGCCGCCGCGCUGUUCGCGCAGACGCUGCGCGUGCACGCCGACACCGACGCGCCGUGGGUGUCGCGCGUGGAGGGCUGGGGCGCCGCGCUCCGCGGCGCGCAGACCACGCUCCGCCGCGCGUGCGCCGCCGUGCUGCCUGCGGCGCAGUCCACCGCCGAGGCCGCCCGCCUCGCCCGCCCCAUUCAACUCGUCUUGCUGCGGCUCGUGGACGCGGUGCUGCUCAACACGACGCUCGCGCUGCCCGUCCCCGGGUCGCUCUCCGCGGGCAGCGGGUCCGCCGUCGCGGCCGCGGUGCGCGACGCCGCGCUGGCGUGCAGCGGGCGCGACCUGCACCCCGACUACCAGGCCGCGGCGAGCAAGCUCCCGGAGCUGCCCAAGGACGGCGCGCUGACGUUCGGGUGGGGCAUGGAGUCGAAGAUGGGCCUGUCCACGGUGCUCGAGGCCGUCGGCGCGGACCCCGCGGCCGGCAACAGCGUCCUGCCGCUCAUGCGCAGCGUCGCCGACCUCCUCAUGGUGCCCAAGGACCUCCUCGCGGACCCGAGCACGCGGCGGGAGGUGUGCCCGCACCUGACGACGGACCAGGUCGCCGCGGUGCUCGAGCGGUACCACCCGGACUGCUACUGCGCGGACCCCGUCGACCCGGGCAUCCUGGACGCCAUCAUCGCGCCGCGCACGGGCGGGGACGGCGGCGCGGUGGAGCUGCGGCGGAUCAUCGAGGACGUGGCGUACGACGCGCCGGGGGCCGACGCGGACGCGGCGCCGGCGUGGCUCGCCGGCGGGCAGCGCGCCGUCGACACGGACGUGGGGGUGUUGCUGCGGGCGGGGGGGGGAGUGUGCGGCGCGCACGGGACGCCCGCGAAGGACGUGCUGCGGGCCGUGCAGGCCCCCGACGACGGCCCCGCGAAGGAGGAGCCGCCUCCGAGGACGGCGCCCGCGAUCGGGCCGCGGCCGGUGCGGCGACGAGCGCCGCCGGUCGCCGACAGCGCAGGCGCUGGGAACGGCGCCGCGGCGGCGGGCGCGGCGGCGGGGCCGACUGAGGAGCGGGCGUGGUGGCGCGGCGUCGGGGCGCGCGGGCGGGCCGCGGCGCAGCGCCGGCAGCAGGGGGCGGGGGCGGGUGGCGGCGGUGACGGGUUCUCCUUCGCUCAGGGCGACGCGGCGCAGGUGGCGGUGGACCUGACGUGA